AUGUUAACUUGCAAUACACUUGAGAAAUCUCAAAAUAACUCAAGUCAACAAAUUUCUGUUCCAAAAUUAGUACCAGCUGCAAAUAAUAUAGCAACUAACUCAAACAUUAUAACACAAACAAACACUAUUGCUCCUGGAAAACCGCAACAGACAAACAAUAUAUUACCAAAAAGUGUAAGCAAUUCCCCAACAACACAGAAACCUGAAAAAAGACCUAGGCAGCUAUCGGUAACUGUAAACUUAACUGACGAUGAACCCCCUACAAAGAUGGCUUCAAGAAGUUCUCCUGUUCCACCUGUUAGAUACAUACCACCACAAAAUCUAAUAGCACCUAGAUACCCAGCACCUCUUCCCGAUGCUAUGAAACAAUAUCAACCUCCUAAUUGGAAAGCUUUGCCACCACCGCCGAACUUGAAACUAUCAAAAGUUGAAAACGGAAUUACUAUUUCGUGGAAAAUAGAUGGCUAUGAAAAUGAUAAUUAUGAGGAGAUAGCAAGUUAUCAAUUAUAUGUAUAUCUAGAAACAACUUCACCACCUAGUACUGAAUUAUGGAAGAAAAGAACCGAAUAUGGAAAUCACAGUCAAACACUUGGAUUAUAA